GGCGUGACAGGAGAAUAAACAGCACUGUUGUGUGUCUCUGGAUGGCGGCGGUGUUCAUGUAACACUCACGCGUUUCAGACUUGUGUAUGUGUUUCUGAUUGAGGAGCGCCUCUCGGUGGCCAAGCCAUGCAGGUGCAGGAUCUGAUUUGGCAGUUCCGGAUGCCUGAAUUGGGGGACUUCAGGGAAUAUGUGUGUAGCUUACCCACCAACACGCUGAUGGGCAUGGGUGCAUUCGCUGCCAUCACCACUUACUGGUAUGCCACCAGACCACGAGCCCUGAAACCCCCCUGCGACCUCACCAUGCAGUCUGUGGAGGUGGAGGGAGAGGAAUACGCUCGCCGUUCCAUCCUCCUGGACAGCAACAGGUUGAUGACGCACUUCUAUGACGAUGCACGGACCAUGUACGAGGUGUUUCUGCGUGGCAUCAGAGUGUCCAAUAAUGGCCCUUGUUUAGGAUCGAGAAAACCAAAACAGCCAUAUGAGUGGCUCUCGUACAAAGAGGUUGCAGACAGGGCUGAGAUGAUUGGCUCAGCGUUGCUCCACAAAGGUCACAGUAAAGCAGGAGACAAAUACAUUGGUAUCUUCUCCCAGAACAGACCUGAGUGGACUAUAUCUGAGCUGGCUUGCUACACGUACUCACUGGUGGCUGUUCCACUGUAUGACACAUUGGGUGCCGAGGCCAUCAGCUACAUUAUCAAUAAAGCUGAGAUGUCGACGGUGAUCUGUGACAUGGUGGAGAAGGCGCGAAUGUUGCUGGAGUGUGUGUCGGGUUGCAGGCAUAGCAUCAGGACCAUUGUUUUGAUGGAGGAGAAGAACAGUGAGCUCACUAAACGAGCAGAAAAGGCGGGCAUCCAGAUUAUCAGCCUGAGGGAACUGGAGGCUCUUGGCAAAGCCUAUCACCGACGCCCUCUGCCUCCUGCACCUGAAGACCUCGCGCUGAUCUGCUUCACCAGUGGAACUACAGGGAAUCCGAAGGGCGCGAUGCUGACACACUGCAACGUCAUCUCCAACUGUGCCGCGUUCAUCCGCAUCACCCAGAUACACUGCAUGCUCAACCACACCGAUAUCCACGUAUCUUACCUUCCUCUAGCUCACAUGUUCGAGAGGGUGGUACAGAGUGUGAUCCUGGUGCACGGAGCGAGGAUCGGUUACUUUCAGGGUGACAUCCGUACGCUGAUGGACGAUCUGAAGACUCUCAAACCCACCGUGUUCCCCGUCGUACCCCGACUCCUCAACCGCAUGUUCGACAAGAUCUUUGGGCAGGCGAACACACCGCUGAAGCGCUGGCUGCUCGACUUCGCCACCAGGAGGAAAGAGUCGGAGCUGCGCAGCGGUGUCGUCAGGAAGGACAGCAUGUGGGACAAACUAAUCUUCAACAAAGUCCAGGUGAGUCUGGGUGGGCGUGUGAGGCUGAUGAUCACCGGCGCUGCUCCUGUUUCCCCCACUGUGCUGACCUUCCUGCGGGCCGCUCUCGGCUGCCAGUUUUAUGAAGGUUAUGGACAGACCGAAUGCACUGCAGGAUGCACCAUGUCUCUGCCAGGAGACUGGACGGCAGGUCACGUGGGUCCUCCUUUACCCUGUAAUUAUGUUAAACUGGUGGAUGUAGCAGAGAUGAGCUAUCAUGCAGCCAAUGGAGAGGGGGAGGUGUGUGUGAAAGGACCAAACGUGUUCCAGGGCUAUCUGAAAGACCCAGAGAAGACGGCAGAGGCCAUCGAUACAGAAGGCUGGCUGCACACGGGUGAUGUCGGCAAAUGGCUUCCGAACGGCACUCUGAAGCUCAUAGACAGGAAGAAACACAUCUUUAAGCUGGCUCAGGGCGAGUACAUCGCUCCUGAGAAGAUUGAGAACAUCUACAUCCGCAGCGACCCUGUGGCUCAGAUUUUUGUUCACGGAGACAGUCUGCAGGCGUAUUUAGUUGGCAUUGUGGUACCAGACCCUGACUUCCUCCCAGGAUGGGCCAAGAAAAGAGGUCUUGAGGGCUCCUACAUCGAGCUAUGCAAGAGCAAGGAAAUGAAAAACGCCAUUCUAGAGGAUAUCUUGCGCUUGGGGAAAGAAGGCGGCCUGAAGUCCUUUGAGCAGGUAAGAGACAUCGCCCUGAGCCCUGAGAUGUUCUCUGUGCAGAACGGCCUCCUCACACCCACCCUGAAGGCCAAGAGAACUGAACUGAAGAAUCAUUUCAGAGAACAAAUCAAUCAGCUCUAUACCAAGAUCAAGAUGUAAGCACAAAGCGAGAUGGAGGGGAAAGAAGGUGGAGAAAGCCAGAGUGGGAGUGGAGUGGGAGGUGAUCUUGAACACACAUCCUCUCUCUGUACAUAAAGUGCGGAUAUGAUGAUGUCCACUUGGUGGUGCCGAGUGUGUGCUUUUUGCCUAAACAUAUUGAGGUAACUAAUGUGGUUUAUUCAAUGCCUUGAGGCCAGUAAAAGCCUUCUGUCAAUACUAGUCAUUUCAACAGAAAUCAUCGGAGCAAAAAUAUUAUUUAAAAAAUGUAGCCGAUCAACCAAGACGUGUUUGGUGGUGGUGGUGGUGAUAGUAGUAGUAGUAGUAUAAACCAAACAUGUCUUGACUAAUCGACUUCAAAUGUGUUUGAGGCGAAUAUUUUCUUUUUUUUUUUUUUUAAAUCCAAACUGUUUAUUUAAACUGUAUUUUUGUUAAUAUUCUAAUUAAAUUAUUUCUAUUCAGUUUAUCAGAUUGUUACACAGUUAUGUAGGGUGUUUCAAAAAAAAAAAUUGAUAAUAUUUGAGAUGUAAAUAUCCUGGAAACUACAUAGUCAAGGGAAAUGAAACUGAACAGGCUUAAUGUUGAACAAUAUAAGAUUUAUUCCUCAAAAUUUUAACGAGAAAUUCAAAGGUAUAUAGAUUCCAUGAACGAUUUCACAAAUUUUCAAUAUGCGCGCCGCCUGAGACACGGCACACGUCAAGUCGGUAGUCCAGCUCCUGCCAAACACGCUGCAGCAUGUCUUUGGUAACGGUCUUUUCUGGUAACAGUGCAUUUUUAGAGAAUUCUCUCAUAAAUGCACGCUGCACAGUCUUGUUCGACUGUGUUCGAGCGUGCUCUAACACACAAAACGCCUUUUCUUUUCCAGUGAAUGGCAUUUCUAUACCUUAAAAGAUAAAAACAAAAUUUUGACCUGUUUCCACACAUGCUAUUAAAAUUUAAGGUCAAUAUAACGAGAAUUGGCAAAGUUAUUAGAUUGUGAAAUGAUAUCAAAUUUGUUGAAACACCCUGUACUCUACAGGGUUCCCUUUUGUAAAUUUAAGUAAUGAUUGUUUGGUUUUUUUUUUAAAUAUUUGGUUGUUGUGAGCUUUUGUACACUGUUUUCUUGACUUGUUCUUUGCUGUCUCUGUGCCAUGUGCUUAUGAAUUAUUUCUGUUUAGUGCCAAAGAUGUGGCGUUGUACUGAUUACCAAGUCAGGUUACAUUUCUAGCAUCGAAGCAAAAUGAAUUUAAAGUAGUGCGAAUAAUUUAUAGACUGUAACCUCAAAAAUCAGUCAUGAUUGUACAGCCUGAUACGCGGGAAGUGUUUUAAAUGAACAAAACACUCUUGAGCGUUCUGUUUUAGGAAAAUAAUCAAUGAUAGAGGUGGAGUUAUGUCAUGUGAUUUUAUUCCUCUUACACCACAGCAAAUUCAGUUAUUUAUUGCUUAAAGUUUUUUUUUUUUUUAUCCAUUUAUAGUUCCAUUUCAUGUUGUUUUCUGGACGUUCCUGUAUUUAGUUCCUGUUCUCACUUCUGUUAUAAGAGCUAUAAAGAACCACUCCAUCAUGAUCCUCCCUCGUUUAUUCCCCCCCCCCCCCCCCCCGACGUUAAUAAGACUAAAACGAACAUCUUGUUGCAGAGAAAUCGCAAAAAGCCAAACUUCACCACAUCAGCCAUUACACACACGUUUUAAUCUGUUAAUGCAGAGCAUUAACGAACUUAAUUGGCAUACAAGUCCCUGUGAAUGAGCCGUCGCUAUAGAAAUGUAUCAGAACGGGCAAGUUUCUUGCAUUUUUAAAUUAAGUGUAUAUAAGAUACAUUGGUUGAUUUUUUUAAAAAAGGUACUUCUAAAAUUUGAACUAAAUAACCACUGCCACUCUGAUUCAACAAUAUUGUGUACAGAUGUUUUAUAUAGUGUAUUAUUAUUAUUACAGUACUGUCAUUUGUUGUGUGUGAGUGAAAUAAAUGGAUGGAUCAGUGUGA